AGAUAAAUAACGCUCGGAAGGGAGUUCAACUGCUUGGAUAACGCGAAAUUAAAUCGGAGCAGCAAAAAGAUCGAAAGAAGCCCAAAUUGAGAAGGAAAUCAGAAACCCUAAGAGGAAGAGGAAACCGAAUUCUGCUGCUGUUCUUCGAGCUAGAUUACUUGAAGGUCGGAUUUUGAGGAGAUUUUUGGUCGCUCCUUGUCGAGGGGAUUCGAUUGGCACCGGGGAAGUGGGGGUUCUUUUGGAUUCGAGAUGGUGGCAGAAGCGGAGGUUAUCCACCAGAGCCUCGACGUGCAGUGCCGCGUCGCUAUGGAGAUUGACGAGAUCGUCGAUAUCUCCGCAGCGGCAGCGGCAGCGGCGGUAGCAGAGCUGGGACCCGAGGCUGCCGCGGUCACGGUUGAUGUUACCGUUUCUGAGCUGGAAUUGAGAAAGUCAGAUGCCAUUUUGGAUAUUUCUGUAAAGCCACUUCUGUUUGUUCCCAGCAUCCGGUCUGGUAGUUUUGCUGACAUUGGGCACCGGAGAUACAUGGAAGAUGAGCAUAUUCGUAUUGACAAUCUCUCAUCACAUCUAGGCUCUCUGCUUAGGUGCCCUAUGCCUAGCGCCUUCUAUGGGGUAUUUGAUGGCCAUGGAGGUCCGGAUGCUGCUGCUUACACUAAGAAGCAUGCAACUAGGUUUUUGUUCAAAGAUGCUAAUUUUCCUCGGGCAUCAGAAGCUGAUAACAAUUUUGUAGAAUCUGUAGAGAACUCUGUUCGGGAAGCAUUCCUUCUUGCUGAUCUUGCUUUGGCUGAGGACUCCACUGUUAGCAGUUCUUCAGGGACUACAGCUCUCACAGCUAUGGUGUUUGGAAGGAUUCUCCUGGUAGCCAAUGCAGGUGACUGUCGAGCAGUCUUAUGCAGGAAAGGUGAAGCAGUUGAUAUGUCGCAAGAUCAUAGGCCCAUCAAUGCAGCUGAGCGGCAAAGAGUUGAACAGUCGGGGGGUUUUGUUGAUGAUGGGUACCUCAAUGGCAUCCUGUCCGUCACACGAGCUUUGGGAGACUGGGACUUGAAAAUGCCGCGAGGUUCUCCCUCACCACUCAUUGCAGAGCCAGAAUUCAGGCAGGCAAUGCUGACCGAGGACGAUGAGUUUCUAAUAAUCGGUUGUGAUGGAAUAUGGGAUGUCAUGUCAAGCCAACAUGCGGUUGGUGUAGUGCGCAGGGGCCUCAGGCGGCAUGACGACCCUGAACGGUGUGCGAGGGAGCUCGUCAUGGAGGCACUAAGGCUCAACACAGUUGAUAAUCUCACAGUGAUCGUGGUCUGCUUUUCGGAUGAAUAUGGUGGGUCCUCUGCUUCACCAUGCCAUGAGCCAGGGCAGCAGCAGCAGCAGCAGCAGCAGCCCAGGACGAGGUGUUGCAAAAGCUUGUCGGUGGAGGCCCUCUGUAAUCUGAGGAGCUUGCUGGAUAAUGGUGGUAGCAAUUGACUGGAGUAGAACGUGGCUUCGAUGUACAUAAAUUUGGUGACGAUGCUGAAAAUUUAUAGCAAGUUAUCAUCCUAAUUUUGGCUGCUCGAGGGGGUACAAACAGCAGCUAAACAGUUUUGUAGGUCGUCUUGUUUCAUUGUUUCUGUGGCCGGGGUGAUGGAGGCACGGCAUGUAAAUAAUUGUUUAGAAGUGAUUUUAAACUUGAUGUAUCAGCAAUUAUAGGUCCAUAUUCUGAGAUA